AUGGUCCGACUCUCCAACGGGGUGACAGACGAGGCUUUGUUAAAGACGUAUAGAAUAGGUUCGCUCAAUCCUACCAAGUGGGAAGAUGUGGACCAUGAAGGAUCGGAUUCGGUUGCCGCAGCUAUUGUAGACUCUGGAAAUCCUGAAAAUGACAAUUUGGAUGCUCUGGGUUUAGGAACACAAGUCGAUAUUACUCGUAUGAGUAUGGGAGACAAGGCCGCGGUGCUCCUUUCUUCCAAGUCGUUUGAUCCCAAGGCAUAUCUAACUGCCGUCUAUCCCGGAGCCACAUAUCAGGAUCUGAAUACUGGGAUCAACUCACUUCGACGUGCAAUUGAUGCGCGUAGCGAGGCUGUUCGUAUUCUCGUCGAAGAAAACUUUGACCGAUUCGUGGCCGUCAAGGCAUCAACCGAUGCACUCUACCAAGAUAUGAAGGACGGCCUCUUGGCAGAGGACUCGGAGUUUGCCACGAAGAAGCUGAAAGAGCAUCUGAAGAAUGCGACGACCAAAGCCGACACUGUGUUCCUACCUGUCCUGGAGAAUGCUGAAAAGGCCGCAAAGCUUCGCUCAACACUGGGUGUCUUUGAGAGGUCCAAGUUCUUUUUCAACCUACCCGGGUCUCUCUCAGAGUCCAUUCAAGCCGGUCGCUUCGACGCGGCAUUACGCGAUUACAAGAAAGGGAAAUACCUCCUCGAGUCGCGUCCUGGACAAUUGCUUCCUUCGGCACCUGGUAGUAAUACAGAUAUUCAGCAGAAGCGCAUAUUUGACAAAGUCUGGAGUGCCGUCGAAAAGGUCAUGGAUCAAAUGAAGACUACACUCCUCAAUCGACUGAAAGAGCCUUCUCGCUCGUUGGAAGAACACGAGAAGACAAUCGAUAUCCUUCUAGAGUUAAGCACGUCGGAUAAGCCGAUUUGGGUCUAUUUCGAUAGUCAACACAAGCAUAUACUGCAGCGGGUCAAGACUGUAUACGACACGGCCUUGGCUAAAGUCACUGAACAGCGAUCGCAGCAGUUGCAGGAUGCCGACAAGGCAGAGCGGAUAGCAAUGUCUCUUGCAACCAACAUCAACUCGCUUGAUGGGCUAAAUACUGAAGCAACUCUUGCGAAAGGAGUAGGUCACGAAGUAUGGCAAAGCACACUGGACCUUGUCAAGAGUCUCUCAGAAGUCAUCCUUUCCACUGUUCCCAACUUUUGGAAGAUUGCAAGGAGCUAUAUGGAGGGUAAAUACAAAAAGCAAGGUAUUCAGCCUUCGGGAAGAAGCCCAUCGCAAUGCCGCACAAUGAUUCUGGACAUGAUACGGUCCUACGUCGCUCAUCUAUCGGAAUUCUUCUCCUUGUCCGAUAUGGCAGCCUCUGCCGCAAAUCCAAAGAAUGCGCCAUUACCCAAGUUUCUCCCAACUGGCACUGACUCUUUGACGACAAGUCAUCACCUUAUUCGGAUAUUGGGUGAAAUCACGGAAUGUAUCAACGAACUCCUCUCCAUGGACGUUUCUGGAGAUACGAACUCGGGACUGCGUGCCCUUUUGGAAACUGCGACUUGGAAAUUUGAGGAAACUUUAUGUGCAACGUGGUUGAGAGAUUCUCGUUUAUUCUUCUACCUGGAAACAUGGGAGCAAAGACCAGAGGACCGUUCGACCACCCUCUACCUCGGGAGAAUGCACGAGUAUCAGAAGUACAUCACGACCGCCGCCUACAAGAUAGCAAGUGGCGUGACUGAUUCGACUACAACCAAGCAACGGCAGAUUCCACAAGAGUUUUCGAACAAGAUUACCAAGUCGUUCCUCGACUCCCUUUAUUCGUUCUUGGACGGACUGGUUCAUCUUGCAUCAGAUGAUUCGCCCAUAGCUCAGGGGUUGAAGAUACAAGUCCUUAUCGAGGAGACGACGGGUGCUCGACCGGCUUUUGAUCUCCGGCAAAAUAACACGCGGUUGCUAUUGGUCAUCUCGAACUUGGCACAUUUGAACAAGGUUCUCAUCCCAGCUAUGCUCACCCAAAUCCAGUCCUCAUUCGGUAUCUCCAUGGAAGAAGCCCGUCGGACGUUGAACGAAGUAGUCCGAGGUGUUGAUCGUACAUUGUUCGAGGAUUAUAUCAAGCCCAAGGCAAGGGUGCUCACUGGGCUUAUUCGAAAGGGAGUCAUUGAGAGCGAGAUUGACUGGUUCAACAUACCGAGGCCGACGGAGGUCCGACAUUAUAUCUAUGAGAUACUGAUGUAUCUCGUCUCCGUGCAUGCAGAGGUCAGCUCCACGGCAAACAGUCUUUUGGAGCGCGCAUUAUCAGCACUGAUAACGGAAACUGUCGAUGAGGCACUGGAAUGCUUCCGUCAAGUCAAGCGGUUCGGGAUGGGUGGCAUGCUACUUGCAAGUGGAUUUCUCUUUCUGAAAUAUUUGCUGAUAUUUGUUCAGGCCACACUCGAGAUUGAGUUUAUGCAUCAAACUGUGGUACUUUACGUCAACGAGACGUCUAACCGGACGCUCACGGAGAUUUAUACCACCAUCUCGAAAGCAUACGUACGUCGACCUGGAGCAGACGAAAAUCUUCAACGCGAGCUCGAAGGUGUCAAAGAGACGCUGAAGAAUACGCGGCGGAUCACGGCUUUGGAAUUCAAAUGCUUUAGGAAACCAAAAGACAAGUCAUCACGACCGAGUGUUGGAGAUAGAGACUCGAGAGAAUAG